AUGAAUAAAUCAGUCAAUCGAAUCACGGGAAGCUUCAUGGAUCACUACCCCCCUUCUUCCUGCGCCAAAGAUCUUGCCUUUUCCGACGGAACAGCAGCUACAUCUCGUUUCAACAUCCAUUCAAGAGUUCCAUGCCCAUGA